AUGGCUACGCGCAGGGGUCGUUCGCGCGGCCGCUCCCAGGCGGACCAAGCCUCCCGCGGAACGCCCGAGCGGCCGAGCGGCGCGGGCGGCACCUCCCUGCUCGCCAGCGCCACCACCUGGCCCCUGAAGCGCUACGGCCGCUUCCUGUCCCCGACGGACAGCGAGGACGGGGAGGGAGGCGGCCACUCCUGGAAGGUUUUUGAAUCAAACGAGGAGACUGGUCAUCUUAUCCUUACCAUUGUUGUUUCUGGCCAUUUCUUUAUUUCCCAAGGAAGAACAGUGCUGGAGGGCUUCUCAUUAAUUGACUCCCAGAAGUGGCUGAGGAUAGCAAGACGAGCAGACUGCCUGCUGCUCCAUGCUCAGUCAAAGCAGAACGAAUGCCGCAUGUUUCGAGUUCAGUUUGGUGGAGAUUCAGAAGAGCAGAUGCUGGAACACUGCUGCAGCUGCGUUCAGAAACUCGCAGAGUUUGUGCCGGUUCACGAAGCUGAUGAACUAAGCCAGAACCUCUGUUACAGUCGCAGCCAAGUGGAGGAUACUGAACAAAGUACAUCAGUGCUACGUGCACCAGAUGAGCCUCUGCCAGAUUCCUGCACAAACUCUGGAGAAAGAAGAUCUACAAUGCAGCUGGCACAGUCUGUGCUGAACCAGAAGUCUGAGCUGCCCCUGCUGUACCGGCAUUCAGCGUGGAGCGCGCAAGAGCUGGGACCCUUCAUCCGCUUAUGCCUGAUGGACCAACACUUCCCAGCGUUUGUGGAGGACGUGGAGAAGGAGCUGAAAAGACUGACGGAAGGCUGAGCCACGUGUGCCACGUCACCGCUGGAACGCCCGCACCGAGGUACACAGCUCCAAUGCCAUUAAAUAUUUGGAAGUCUCA